CUGAGCUCAGUGCAAUUCGGGCAUCCAAAGUGUUCACAAGUGAUACGAGAUUCGCAAAUAUCGAAAAUGAAGGCCGCUAGUCUAUGGAGCAGCUUCGCUAGCUUGCUCCUGCUCUGUGUCGUGAUGGGAACAGCUUAUCCCAGUGCCGAGGGACCCAGCCAGUGGGUAAUGGAGCAGGCCAGGGCGCUGCAAAUCGAUGACGAGAUUCUGGGGGAGUUGUGGCGCACUAAGCAGCCGGUGGUUAUCACUAAGCCGGACGCAGAGGGUCAGAUGUGCACAGUGACCUACGAGCUAUCGGCGGACGGAACGAGCAUCUCGCGAACUACAACGAGGGAGGCUCCGCCGGCAAGGCUGGAAACGAAUGUGGAUGCGGCUAAGCCCAACGAGGAGUGGGAGAUACUGCCCAAUCGACUGCAUCGACAGUUUACCCCGAAUCUGGGCGCGGACUUUGGAUUUUCAUUGGGGAAUGGCUUUGGCAGCACCUUUGGCAGCUUCGGAGGCUCGAACGGUUUUCCCCAGUGGCCAACUCAUUGGCCAUCUUUUAACCUGCCACCCGGGGUAACGCCACGUACAACCACCAAGACCGAGGUGGACGAUCAAGGACGCACUGUCACUUCUACUUCUAGCUUCUACAGCGGCCCGCUGCAACCAGGAACUAAUCUAUUCGAGGCGAAGUUUCCCAGUUCGGCAGCUCCCAAUCCCAACCCACUACCUCCCCCACCACUUCUGCCCACACAACCCUUCCCGGGACAAGCGUCGCCACCCAAUCGGCCUUCAUUCAGCCUUCCCCUUCCUGUUCUGCCUAGUCCCCGUUCGACUACACCUCUGCCCUCACUAGCUCCUGGCUUUGGACUGGAUAUGUUAACUACCACACCACUCCCGUCUCUCGACGAUUUUUUGCAGCAGCAGACGACCCCCAGAGUAGAGGGAAACUCUGAUGAGAGAGUUCCGCCUCCACUGCCCACGAGACGACCACUGGCGAAUGCUCCACAGGAAGGCGACAAGUCCAUCGAGGAAUAUCUAUCGAAGGUGAACCUCAGCCCCUCGGAUAUAUUGUCACAGAAUGGAGAAGUGGUCAAGACCAUUGUGGAUAAGGAUGGUCGCGUCCUGAGUGCCAGGUUUGUCCUCAGCACUGUCAAAGAGGAGGAUCAAAGGCCUCAGGAGACACAGCCCACAAAGUGAAUUCAUUUUGACACAGACAAACUUCGUAGGAAUUUCCAUUCGAGGAAAUACUUUGAGCAUAAACAAAUAAAUAAUUUUCUAAA